UUGCAGCCAUGGUGGCACCCAACCUCUGACCUCCUUGGCCUGAUAUUUUCAGAGACCAGGUCAGGGCUUGGUGGCCUUCAUGAGGUGUUACCUGUUGCUGUGACAAGGACAUGGCCAGGGACUGAGCAGCUUUGGUUGAAAGGUGUGUGAAUGAAAGCAUUUCAUGGGGAAAGAGGACACAUGAGAACAGUAAGGCAAGUGAAGAAGGGACUUGCUGAGCAACCCAGGCCUGGGGGACCACCCUGCAGAGCACCAAGGCUGGCCCUCGGGUGCGUGACCCCUGCACUAGAGUAGAAGGUGGUGUUUGGUCACUGGGUAAGCAGAAAGCUCCUGAGCCAGAUGUGCACAGAUGGCAACAAACACAGACAGAGCUCUUGGCAGCAGCUUUCUCCAGAUUUUUGUUCUGACUAUUUUGGGAUCCUUCAGUCCUCGAUCUCCUGUUGCAAAAGGCAACACUGGAUGGGGAAGAGCUAUACCAAGCAAGACUGUGCCUUGUGUCUCUGUCAUUUUUUUGUGCUAACUGCGCACAAGUUGUGCACCAUUGUGUGAAGAAAUUACUUUGCCUCUGAUUUCUAGGGUCUGUGUCCAGAGAGAGAUUUCAAGGUAGAAUGUGGUGGAUUUUCACAGCGCCCAGUAUACAGCCUGAAAUAUGUGCCGGACACCAGGUAUGACCACAAGGCCCUUCCCAGGGUGUAUUGGAGAUGGAGAGAGGACUUACCCACUGAGAGAAAACUCCUUUUCCAUACCUGCUUCCCAACCCAGCUGGUCAAUCCUGCCAGCUCUGAGACCAGUGUGAGUCUGGGCCAGUGACACACCAAGAACUGCUGCUGCCUCACCAGUGAUCCCUCCCUACCCCACUUCUGAGCAGCAGGGGCUGGUAGAGUUUUCCUGCUCUACCCUUCUGCAUUUGGCACUGUGUGGAAGUGCUCUCCAGCAGAGUAGGACACUGGUGGCUGGCGCCACUGCUCUGCAAGACUCUAUGUAUGCAGGUUCAGAAGGUUUUUUUCCUGCUCUGGAUUUAGACCAAACAAACACCUCUGGCUGAUUUAUAUCCCUUGUUCAGUCUCUCCUACACAAGUCCCCAUUGACUACUUUUGGGGCUGUCUGCAUCAUUCUUAAUCUAGUCCUUCUGGAAAAUGUGAUAACUAAAUCACAGAAUCACGGAAUCAUUUAGGUUGGAAAAGCCCUCUGAGACCACUGAUUCUAGCCAUUCCCCCAGCACUGUCAAGCCCACCACUAACCUAUGUCCCCAAGUACCACACAUGACUUCUAAAUCCCUCCAGGGAUGACUUCUAAAUCCCUCCAGGUGACUCCACUCCUGCCCUGGGUAGCCUGUGCCAAGGCUGGACAACACUUUCAGGGAAGGAAUUUUCCAAUAUCCAACCUAAACAUCCCCUGGUGCAACUUGAGGCCAUUUCCUCUUAUCCUGUGCCUUGUUCUUUGGGAGCGGAGCCCAGUCCCCACCUGGCUGCACUCUCCUGUUAGGCAGUCAUAGAGAGCAAAAAGGUGCCCCCUGAGCCUUCUUUUCUUCAGGCUGAGCCCCCCAACUCCCUCAGGCACUCCUCAUCAGAUCCUCAUAAAAUAUCGUCAUAAAUGCCGUUGCCUGGGACUGUGUUUGUAUCGGCUGUGUGGAGCAUCCCUGCACAAGGAGUUCUGGGAUUAUGGUCCUUCCAGCCACCACUCUGCUCCAAGCAGAGGCAGGAGCUCUGCUUACAGAAGCAGCAGAGCAGUUUGUCCCAGGCUGGGGAAAACAAGAAUGUUCUCUGUUCCUGAGAAGUUCUGUGAGACUCUUCUGUUUCCUCAGCUUGCUGGUAACGAGUGGCCCACCUGACAGCUCCCUCCAGGUCUGGCAGGUGUCAGCAGAAGACUCUGAUAUUAUCAAAUCUGUAAGCCCCAUAGAAACAGAAAAUGACACUGGGCAAUCCUGGGCUAAAAUUGCCACCAUUUCAGCCAGAGCCCCAUGGGUCCUUCACGGCUCAAGACUUGACAGAGUCCAGAUUACAGAGGUUGAAUCAAGGAAAAAUGUCUACACAGCAGCUUUCGGAGGCAGCGAGGAGCUCAGCAGCCUGGCCUUCCUGGACUGCAACACACUGCUUCUGUGCUGCACCACAGGCCGGCUGUGCCUGGCCGACGUCCGGCAGCCUCAGAGUCUCGUGGAGGCCGUGUCAGUGCCCUCAGCGCCAUGCAGCGAGCAGUGGUGCAUGGGCACCAGGCAUGGAGCUCAGGGCUUGGAGCCAAGCUCCCAGCCUGUAGCUUGCCUCUCGAACAGGGGGCUCCUAACCCUGACAGACCUCAGGAAAACAUCUGAGUUCUUGGCCUUGGCAAAGGCCAGAAUCCCCUCUCCUGGCUCAGGUGCAGAGUUCCUGUGCGUCUCCUGGGCUCCUGCUCUGGAAGGCUGCCUUGCCAUUUCAGGUUUUGAUGGCACCGUGCAUGUGUAUGACACACAGAGCUGGGACAGCUCUGGCAGGGAAGCAGAGCCCAUCUUCGUUCACAAAGGCCAUGCAUUUGGCGGAGCAGGUGGCAGCGGGGACCCUCCCCUGGUCACUGUGCACACGUGGCAUCUGCAGAAACCCAGAACUUUGUUGUCAGCAGCAAGUGAUGGUUCCCUGCAUGUCUGGGACUGGGUUCAGCCCUGUGGGAAGGGUGGGUAGAUGGUGUUUUGGUGAGAUGAGGCAUUUCCUGCCUCUGCUCUAGUUUGUGUUGGCUGCAGGGUGUCUGUUUGCCUGCAGAUACUGUUUGGAGACUGUUGCAGUGAGCAGAACCAAUUGUAAAGUUUCUAUUUUAAUAAUAGUAAAAAUUUUGGCUGUUA